AUGGUCUAUAUUAUUUCUGAAGCUGCGGCGGUAGCGAUAUUUACAGUGACCCGGCUUUUCUAUAACUCCGUGCUAGGUUCUAUAGCACUCAUAUUAUUUAGCAAACUCCCAGGUGGAUCCAGUGCAAGAUUUUGGUAUGAACAACCUGACAUGGUGUCCAAGGUAACGUCCAUGUUUCAUCCAUUUGGCCCAACCGGCAAACGAGGUGUAAAAUCUACGAACGUGAUUGCAUUGUUAUGUACAAUUGCGGCUGUCGCUCUCAACAUAUUACCUACUGUUCUCAGUAAAAUGAGUCCUAUCACAGUAAAUAGAAUUGAGUACGAUACCAACUCCACCUUGGCGCCAAUCUCUAAUAUAUUUAUUCCGACAUUGACUGAUAUCAAUUUACCCGGCCUAUCGAAUUUAUCCACCUCAAAAAUCGCAACAAACAAGUUUCUAUGCACCUACCUUCGUGAUGGAUGCGUGGAUGCCAAAAAUAUUACGAUCGCACAAAUUAAUUGGGACCCUAUCGAAGACACACCGGUUGAAUUUUAUCAUGCUGAUAGCAGUAAUCCGAACGACCUGACAAUUGGUAUCGACGACGUGUUUGGUACAACACAACAAUACAUGUUUCUAGCAAGAGCUGUUUUCAAUAGCACCUCCCCUUUUAUGGGUGCAAGCUCGAUAGGAAGAUGGUCGAAUAAUAGUUUAUCAGGGUUUUACAUUAUUGAUGCGUACGAUAGUAACUUAACAGCCCCAUUCGACUUUUUGCACUCUGACCAGAUAUUUCCAAUGGUUACACCGGAUUUGGUUGAUCUUUUGAUUCAAGGAAAAGGUAGCAACAAAGAAUUGCCAGUCAAUGGAAGUAUAGAUCGAGCAGAACGCUGGGUCUCAGUACACCGAAACUCAACAUUGUCGAGUCUCUUAUGGCAGACGGUUAAUUCUCAUCAAGGAACAGUUGGCAGCGAUUGGAGAGCGUCGUGCUUUUUUUGUAGCUUACUAGAUAUCAACGAAGAAUCAUCGCAGGCGAUGGAUAUCCAGAACAGCCUUAUUGCAUCCACAUCAGACGAUACACAGACAUUUGCAAUCCAUUCUUACAUCGACAACAAACUUCGGCUUUCCACUACACUAUGCUUAAUAAAACUUGAUCAGGAAACAAACGGACUUUCCUAUUACUGCUUACAUACCUAUUCUCAGCUUUGGACUAUUUCUCAUGUUGGAAAUCCAUACACAAUUCUUGGCAACUAUAAUGAGGUUCAUGAUGUCAGAGAUUUGGGAAAUCACGGUACACCCUUUCCUGUUUUUCCACCUCCCGAAUUAUCGAUUGAAAGGUCUUAUUUCCCGAUUGUACCUGUAUAUCAGAUACGCAGUAGUGGUAAAUGUGAUACACCUUGGAAUUACCAAACUCAGACAGUUCAAUCAUGGAUGAAUACAUGUGCACGAGAUAAGCUUGGCCAAGUAGAUACUAACGAGCUGGGGGUGAUCGCGACGAAUAUUUGGCAGUUAAGCUCGACUAUUACGGUUGGUGGGUUUUUGGUGAAUGCAACAUAUUUUCAUAACGAAGUUGGCAUUUUGAUCGAUAUUCCGGUAAUUGUCAUUGUACUUGGCUCGGUUGUUCUUUGUUUUCUUGGUAACUUGGUAGUGCAGCUUGCAACAAGUCCAAUUCAUCGGCAGUCGCUAUACGAGGCCGUUCGUGUUAUGGUCCCAAACAGCAAAGAUCCUUAUAAUGUCCAGAAAAUGAUUCUUAAUCUUUCACCAACAAAUACCUUGCGUCUUGUUGAUUCAAUUUAUGAUAACAGAGUGUCUUACCUAAAAUUAAAUGAUCGACUAAUUGUAGCCUUGGCCGAAGAUAACGAAAUAAAGGACGACGACACCAGUACCUUUGAUAAUGUCAACAUGUCUCCGAAAGAAAUUCAAACCUGGUCAAGAAGACAGUUACUAAAUUUCUAA